UUGAAUACAACAAACACGCAAUACGCAACAAUUAUCUUUUAACUCUAAACUCUAGUGUGAUAUUUUUAAAGUGAAAACCCACAUUUUAAAAAAAUAAUUUAUUUGUUUAUAUUAAACAGUUUUUACUGUACAGUAAAACUAGUUAAUUUUCUUUUUAUUGUUAAAAAUAAUUUAUAAAUCAACCAAAACAAAAUGCAUGUGGCAAUAAUUGGUGCUGGAGCCUCUGGUUUAUGCUCUGCUCGUCACGCUUUGGCCAGCAAUUUAAAAGUUACACUAUUCGAACAAGCCGCCGAAUUAGGUGGUACUUGGGUGUAUACGGAUAAUGUGGGAACCGAUGAAUAUGGAAUGCCGGUACAUACUAGCAUGUAUAAAGGAUUAAGAACAAAUUUACCAAAAGAAAUGAUGGGUUUCCCAGAUUUUCCAGUACCUGAAGAUCAAUGUUCUUAUGUCCCACAAAAGAAAAUUCUUAAUUUCCUCGAUUUAUACGCACAGCAUUUCGGCGUCAAAGAACAUAUCAAAUAUUUCCAACAUGUAAAAACGGUUCGCACCCUCGAAGAUAAAUGGGAAAUUGUCUCAAUGGAUGUGCGCACAAAAAUCGAAGCCAGUUACACAUUCGAUGCUGUGAUGGUAUGCAAUGGACAUUACAAUACACCAAAUAUUCCAAAUCUGAAAGGUAUCAAAAACUUCAAAGGACUUCAGGAACAUAGUCAUAACUAUCGAGAUCCAAAUGUGUUCGAGAAUAAAACUGUACUUGUAAUUGGUGCUGGUCCAUCGGGUUUAGAUUUAGCAAUACAAAUUUCACAAAAGGCUGAUAAAGUUUAUCUAAGUCAUCAUAUCCAGGAUAGUAUGACAACGGUAUUCCCAGAAAAAAUUGUUCAAGUUCCUGAUGUGGCUCUAGUCCAUGAAAAUGAAGUGGAAUUCUCUGAUAAAAGUGUACAUCAUGUUGAUAUCAUCUUCUAUUGCACCGGUUACAAUUACAGUUUCCCAUUCCUAAGCGAAGAAUGUGGUAUCACCGUAGAUGAUAACUACAUCAAACCACUUUACAAACACAUCGUCAACAUAAAUUAUCCAACAAUGGGUUUCGUGGGUAUUCCAUUCUACGUAUGUACCUUCCACAUGUUUGAUUUACAAGCACGUUUCUUCAUUGCCACCCUGAAUGGUACUCUUCAAUUACCAAACAAAGAAGACAUGCAAAAAGAUACCGAUGAAGAAAUGGCCGCACGUUGGGCACGUGGCUAUACUAAACGACAAGCUCAUUUAAUGGGCCCAGCACAAGAGAAAUACUAUGCAGAUCUUGCAUCAAUGGCGAAUUUAAAACCAAUUCCACCGGUAAUGAUCAAACUCCAUAAAGAGAGUAUGCGAAGGUUAAUGGAGGACUUCUUAAAUUAUCGUAAUGAUGUAUAUCGUAUUGUCGAUGAAAAUAAUUUCGUACGACUUGAUAGUGCAAUGGGUAGUACGUGUCAAUGUCGAUGUCAGGCCCUCGUAGCUUAAUAAAUGUUUUCAUUGCCUUUUUGUGUUGCUAUUUCCUCCGUCUCUUGUAAAUUUUCUUUAAUGAAAAUGAAUAGCUCAUAUAGGUAAUG